AUGAUCGUCAAGGUUCCUUCCAAACCACCCCAAUACGCGAUGUUACGGAUAAAUAAGGGUCCAAACGCUGCUUCGUUUGACAGUCAGGAAGACGCUGAACUCUUACCCGUGUUUUAUGACGCUCAAUCAUACGCAAAAACUUCUAUUUCUCUCCCCAAGGCCCCAAGCGGAGUAAAACGACACCUCGCGGUCAAGCUCCAGCAACUACCGAUAGUGUCCGCUGUGGGCUCAACAAUAUACAAAGUUCAAGGCGAAACACUGCAUUCGAUGGUUGUUGUAGAUUGGAAAUCUCCUGUUGCUCUUGUAAACAAACCCCAGCAGGCGUACCUGCUUGUUUCUCGGGUUGUUUCUCGUCAUGCUUUUGCAACGCUAUCGCUGUUUACGAACGAUUAG